AUGGAGGAGGUAACAUCUUCAUUGUGUCGUUCUUUAUGGGGUAACAAUGACUGUGAUUGGGUUUCUAUUCCGGCAGUUGGAAAUAGUGGUGGAAUCCUCUCAUUGUGGAGAAAAUCACUAGGUUCGAUUGUCUUCUCCUUUACAGGGGAUGGCUUCGUUGGUGUUUGCUUGGAUUUGGCCGAUAAACAAAUCAGAUGUUGUGUGAUCAAUGUCUAUGCUAAAUGUAAUUUAGCAGAUAAGAGACGGUUAUGGAGUGAUCUUCUCAUGACAAAGCGAGGAUUUGGGGAUAUUGUUUGGUGCGUGGUGGGCGAUUUUAAUUCGGUAGUUGAUAUUACCGAAAGGAGGGGAGUUGCCUCAGGGGCUAUUCAUAGUCCGUCAAGGGAGAUGAGGGANUUUGGUCAGUUCUUGGAAGAGUUAGAGUUGGUUGAUUUGCCUCUUAUUGGAAGAAGUUUUACUUGGUUUCAUCCGAAUGGGACAACGAUGAGCAGGUUGGAUAGAGUUUUGGUGUCUCUGGAUUGGAUUCCGUUGUGGGGAAAUCCUAAUGCGUGGGUGGCACCGAGAGAUGUUUCUGAUCACUGCCCAAUUAUCUUGCGUUAUGAUUCUACGGAUUGGGGUCCCAAGCCUUUCCGUUUCAAUAACUUUUGGCUAAAAAAUAAUAAGUUCAAAGCUCUUGUCACUAGUACAUGGGAGGCGCAAAAUUUUACUGGCUGGAUGGGUUAUAUCCUUAAGGAUCGUCUAAAGGGUCUUAAGGGUGUUAUUAAAAGCUGGAGUGGAGAGGUAUAUGGCAAACCAGUGGAACGAAAGAAUAGCUUAGUGGAGAAAAUUAAAACCCUUGAUCUGAAGAGUGAACAGAUGGGAAUUUCGGGAGAGGAGGUGGAGACUCGUAGAAGAUUGUUUGAUGAAUUGUGGGUGGUGCUCAAAAGUAUUGAUGCAUCAAUUUUUCAACGCUCUAGAGCGAGAUGGCUUAAGGAAGGUGAUGCCAAUACUAAAUAUUUUCAUUCUCAGGUUAAGAUGCGAGGGAGAAUAAAUAAUAUUCCGGCUUUGCUAACGGAAAAUGGAUGGGUUGAAGGUCCUGCUGAUGUGCGCCAGGCAACAAUGUCUUUUUUCCAGCAACACUUUCAAAGUGCAGAGUGGGAUCGACCGACUUUAGAUGGAGUGGAGUUUCCGGUACUGUCUGAUGAUU